AGAGCCUCAGUAUACGAAACGCGACGGUCGGAGUAUCGACAAAGAUAUGUGGUUCCUCGUGUUCUUGUUCCUAUGGGGCACGAUAACCGGUAACAACGACACACAAACCAACGAGAUCACGAUCGACGAACCGGUGGUACGUGUACUGGAACAGACUAAGAGCCACAGACCGGCUGGGAACCGAACACUGCACCAGAUCUACGGCGAUGCUGUUCAUGCUUAUCUCGAGGAAGACUGGGACCGAUGUAUCGAGGGCUUUAACGAGGUUACACACGGAUAUAAAGUUUACAAACGGAUGGUGAUAAACUGUCGAGAAAAGUGUCGGACGAAAGCGGCCGGCGCGACUCCGAUUCUUCCCGAGAAUAUCGAGGAUCUGCACUUUUACGAGAAAAAAGUUAGAGAAACGUUGUGCCUGUUGACGUGCAAUCAGGAAUACCGUGAGAUCGCCGGCUCGAAGGCACUGAAAACACUGCCACGCGAGACCGAAUACAAACUGGUCGACAAUCGUGUCUACGAGUACCUGCACAUCUGCUAUUAUCAGAAACAUCGUUACCAAGACGCGGCGAACGCGGUGUUCACGUUCCUCGUCCGGCAUCCGGAUCACGAGGCGAGUGUCGAGGCUUUGAAACACUAUCUGACGCUGCCCAGCGUGGAAGCGGAGAACGUUGUAAACUUAGAAACACCGUACUAUGUCAGCGUGUACUUCAAAGGGGUGUCGGCUUACGAGAACGAGGACUACGCAGAUGCGGCCGUUUUGUUCGAGACAUCGUUGAGGUCCUAUAUGGAGUCCGAGGAACAGUGCAGGCUCUACUGCGAGGGCCAUUUCGAUCAAGGCUGGCAUCCGGAAUUCACGUCCUCCAUCGCCAACCAUUUCGCCUACUGUCUGAAGUGCAAACGAUUCUGCCACCAGCAACUGAACAGCAUAAACGGCGACUACCGGAAGGACAUGCUCAGAAGCCAUUACAACUAUCUGCAAUUCUCCUAUUACAAACUGGGAAAACUGAAGUCCGCCUGCGCCGCUGUGGAAAGUUACUUGCUAUUCGAUCCUGUCGACGAGACGAUGAUCCACAACAAGGAGUACUAUAGUGCCCAGCCGGCGGUCAAGCAGGAAUACUUCCGGCCCAGACAGGAAGCGUUGAUGUACAUCAAAAGACAGGAAUACGAGCUGAUUCUGUUGAAAUACAUAUCCGAUGAGUUCUCCGUGUUCGACGCGAAGAUGAAAAAGAGGUCUCGACCGAAGCCAACCGACGAGGGGAGAGACAAGGAGCUAGGAAAGCUCACAGAAAAGUUUCGUUGUUCGCAGAAAAUGUACGAACUGGCUCUACAUCCACCGCCAGGUUACUCGUCUCUUUCUAACGCGCAGUUGUUCAACAAUCUUUCCGCGAUACGAGACGAGAAACCUGGGACACGCAAUACAGGGCAACACAGGGUCAGGGACGAUGUUUAUCUGGUCGCGGAAGAGAAGCAGCUCGACGGGAAGAAUCGCUACGUGGCUGACGGGUUCCUUAAUUCCACGGAGUGUGAACAUCUGAUGCAAUUAGCCUCGAUGACUGCAGUGGAGGGUGACGGUUACAGCGAAUACAAAAGUCCACACUCGAUGCACGAACGAUUCGAAGGAAUCACCGUAGGAAGAGUUGCGCUGAUGGUGUACUUUGGGAGUAUAGAAGCGAAAAGAUUGCGACAGCUCCUCGAGAAAACUGAGGAGGUGCGCCACCACGUGGAAAGGUAUUUCGCGCUAGAUCGACCGCUCUAUAUCACCUACACCCACCUGGUCUGCCGCACGGCUCUACCUGAUUCACCGAUGGAUCGUGACGACCUUAGUCACGAGGUACACGCGGACAACUGUCUGUUGACGGACGAGGGCACCUGCGUCCGCGAGAGCCCAGCCUACGUCUGGCGAGAUUAUUCGGCGAUCCUCUAUCUGAACGAGGAUUUCCAUGGUGGCGAGUUCUUCUUCGCGAAGGAUCGCACGAUCCGCGAGGCCGACAGUCUGGUCACACCACGUUGCGGCCGUAUGGUGGCGUUCUCCGCCGGCGGUGAGAAUCUUCAUGGUGUACGGGGUGUUCUUCAGGGUAGACGAUGCGCUUUGGCUCUGUGGUUCACUCAGAACCGAACGUACACCGAGUACGAGAGGAUCUUGGCCGAGGCGAUCUUGGAACGGGUACAUUCUGUCGGAUCUGUCGAGCAGGAGGAGGAAGACAGGAUGCCUUUGAGGUACGAGGACUUACUUCUCCAGUACGCGAGCAGCGACGAGUUCCUGGAACAUUUUCUGAAAAAUUUCUCGUGA